GGGGGCCCGGCCCGGCCUGGGCCCGGCCGGCAGGACCGGCGGUGGCGAGGAGGGUCCGAAGAUGAAUCCGCAGCAGCAGCAGCAGCAGCAGCAACAGCAACAGCAGCGGAUGGCCGCCAUCGGCACCGACAAGGAGCUCAGCGACCUGCUGGACUUCAGCGCGAUGUUUUCCCCACCUGUUAAUAGUGGAAAAACCAGACCGACAACAUUAGGAAGCAGCCAGUUCAGUGGAUCGGGUAUGGAUGACCGAGGAGGUCCAGCGUCUUGGGGAACGAGCGGUCAGCUGAGUCCCUCCUACGACUCCUCUAGGGGUUUUGUAGACAGCCCUCAUUACGGUGAUCACUUGAAUGACAGUCGAUUAGGGGCGCACGAAGGAUUGUCUCCGACACCUUUCAUGAACUCGAAUCUGAUGGGGAAAACGUCCGAGCGGGGCUCCUUUCCGCUGUACAGCAGAGACGCGGGACUACCCAGCUGCCAAACCAGCCUCCUGCGCCAAGACAUCGGGCUGGGGAGUCCGGCCCCUUUGUCUGCUUCAGGAAAGCCAGGCACAACCUACUACCCGUUCUCCGCCACCAGUUCUCGGAGGAGACCGCUCCACGACACGCCAGCCCUCGAUCCUUUGCAGGCAAAGAAGGUGAGGAAAGUGCCCCCCGGGUUGCCUUCUUCUGUGUAUGCACCGUCCCCAAAUUCAGAUGAUUUCAACAGAGAAUCUCCUAGUUAUCCAUCUCCCAAACCACCAAGCAGUAUGUUUGCUAGCACUUUCUUUAUGCAAGACGGAACCCAUAAUUCUUCUGACCUGUGGAGCUCGUCCAAUGGGAUGAACCAGCCCGGGUACGGCGGGAUGUUGGGCAACUCGACUUCUCACAUGCCCCAGUCCGGUAGUUACGGCAGUCUGCACACACACGACCGCCUGAGUUAUCCUCCACAUUCAGUCUCACCAACAGAUAUCAAUGCAAGUCUUCCUCCAAUGUCUACCUUCCACCGGGGCAGUUCCAGCAGUUCUCCUUAUGUCGCCGUCUCUCACACUCCUCCCAUCAAUGGAUCAGAUACUAUAUUAGGAACCAGGGGGAACACUGCUGGAAGCUCGCAGACGGGGGAUGCCCUUGGAAAAGCCUUGGCAUCUAUUUAUUCUCCCGACCAUACCAGCAGUAGUUUCCCAUCCAAUCCGUCGACCCCCGUGGGAUCUCCAUCGCCUCUCACAGGUGCCAGCCAGUGGCCGAGGCCAGGAGGACAGGCCCCCUCGUCGCCAAACUACGAAAACUCCCUCCACUCCCUGAAAAAUCGAGUUGAGCAGCAGCUUCACGAGCAUUUGCAAGAUGCAAUGUCCUUCUUAAAGGAUGUCUGCGAGCAGUCUCGGAUGGAGGAUCGCCUGGACAGGCUGGACGAUGCCAUCCACGUGCUCCGGAACCAUGCCGUGGGCCCUUCCACCAGCCUGGCUACGGCCCACGGAGAUAUCCAGAGUCUACUGGGACCAUCCCACAACGGGCCGAUCGGGAGCCUAAAUUCCAACUACGGAGCGUCCGGCCUGGUCACGAGCAGUCGAUCUGCAUCAAUGGUGGGAACUCACCGGGAAGAAUCGGUCAGCCUCAACAGCAAUCAUUCGGUCCUGACCAGCUCCGUCCCUGCUGCCAGUACAGACCUGAACCACAAAACACAAGAAAAUUACCGGCCCUUGCCCGGGGGCCUGCAGGGCCAGGCGGGGGCCGCGGGCCCGGCCGAAAUCAAGUCGGAAAACAAGGAGAAGGACGAGAACCUCCACGAACCCCCUUCAUCCGACGACAUGAAGUCGGACGACGAGACGUCCCAGAAGGACAUCAAGGUUUCAUCUCGGGGCAGAACGAGCAGCACCAACGAGGACGAGGAUUUGAAUCCGGAGCAGAAGGUGGAGAGGGAGAAGGAGCGGAGGAUGGCCAACAACGCCCGGGAGCGCCUGCGGGUGCGGGACAUCAACGAGGCGUUCAAGGAGCUGGGCCGCAUGUGUCAGCUCCACCUGAAGAGCGAAAAGCCCCAAACCAAACUCCUCAUCCUCCACCAGGCCGUGGCAGUCAUCCUCAGUCUAGAGCAGCAAGUCCGAGAGAGGAACUUGAACCCCAAAGCCGCCUGCCUUAAGAGGAGAGAAGAGGAAAAAGUUUCUGCCGUAUCGGCAGAGCCACCAUCCACACAUCCGGGUGCCCACCCUGGGCUCAGUGAAACUACCAACCCUAUGGGUCAUAUGUGAACACGGCCAGGACACAGACAACUCACUGCAUCCGAAGACACAAAUCUGACAGGAGGAAAAAGCCCAGAAACACUCGAAGCUCAAGAAACCCAAAUGCAAUCUCAACGAUCACAGGAACCGGUCGACCACCUGCAUCCGAAGCGAAGGCGGAAACGCUCUCCGGAGAGAAGGGCAGAGAGCGGGAGAGAGAGAGAGAGUGUGAGCGAGAGCGAGAGAGCGUGUUGCGGCCCCGCGCCCGGCGCCGGGGACUUUCUGGGGCAGGCGGUGUGUCGCUUCUGCACA